AUGCCCUCUUCAGUCGUUGGAUGGAGCUUCCUGGCGGUGCUGGUUGGCGCCUCGGCGGUGCCGAUCCGCGACACAGCCGCCAAUAUUGACGUCAUCAUCCAGUGCUAUCGCCAUUUUCAAGAAUUGUUCGUUUUUUGUCGAUAUGUCUGUUUGAAAAAGUUUAUUUGGACCUUACAUAAACUAUUUCAAUUCUUGAAAAAAAAAGAUAAAAAUUGAUAUAAAAGAGCUCGAUCUGGGAGAGUUCAAGCUAUUCUCAAUUUUUGAACGUAAACUAUAAAGAAAAUCAUUGAUUAUAUUUUUUCCAGAGGCAAAAAAGUCUACGCCGGGUACAUUGGCAGCAGUAUGAUCCUCUACGACGAGGAUGGUCAGUUUUUUUUUUCGAAUUUUCUUCUUUUCUGCAUCCCAAAAGCAUUCCGGAAGCUCAAAUUACUCACUAAUUCCUCUACAAUUUCUAAGUGUUUUUGUCGGGGUAUCCAAUUACGUAAACCUGAAAUGAGUAUAUGAUUCAAAAUUUUCUUUUUAUUGUUCUUUUUUCUCGGCUUAAAACAUCGGGGUGCAGAAUCAUCGCGUAGAUGUAUUUUUGUGUAGAAAUUAUCCUCUUAAUUAUACUAAUAAACAUGACAAGCAAAGGUUUUUCUGGAAAUUUAUUGACUUUUUUAACGGGAAACGUAAGAAAAGAUCAGAAAUUCGCAAAUAGCUAAAAAAAAAUACUUGGCGCUUGAGCUGACGCCCCUCAAGGGAUCGCUAGAAAUGCGAACGCCUCUCAAGGGAUCACUAGAAAUGCUAACGCCCCUUAAGGGGUCACUAGAAAUACUAAAGCCCCUUAAGGGUUCACUGGAAAUGUUAACGCUCCUCAAGGGAUCACUAGAAAUGCUAACGCCCCUUAAGGGAUCACUAGAAUUCUCUAAACGUCCGGUUUGCUUCACAGAGUCCUGAGAACUCAUUUUCUUCAAGAAAGUUGACAGUCUUUGAUAAUUUUCGUUUGAAAAUUAGCUUUCAAGCUCAAUGAGCUGAUAGCGAUUCACACAAAUUAUCGAUUGAUCGAUUGAUAGUUAAUCUACAGGAAGCGAGGUGAGCUGCAACAAGUGGGAGCAGCAGAAGCUGCGGAGCAAGUACAACCGCCGAUGUAUCUUCUCGCCGAUCCACUGCAUGUUCAGUCGGCGUCUGAAGGCGGCCAUCCAGAGGGCCACCGACGCCAGCGAACUCGACGCCGUCAAGCUGCCCUUCCUCUACGUCCAUCAUCGUCAGAAUCGGCCAACCGAUAAAGAAUAACUGGUUUUUCUUUUUUUCUCUGCUCUAACCUCCAUUCUUCAUAACUUGAAACAGUAUCUGCUCUCUCGACUCUCGUGCUAUUUCCAUGGCUUUAAGAGAAAAGAGACGCAGACAGGUCAGACUGUAAAUGAGCUGUACGUAUCUAUAUAUUCCGUUGUACAGGUAUUGUGGGAAAGUGCGAAGGCUCGUACGAAAUGCGCUUCGAAACCCUUUUUGACCCUAGGCCUAUGCGCCUUUGAAAAUUGGGAGUUUUGAAGGUACUGUUGUAAAAAAUUCCAAAUUUUUCAUUUUAUCCAUGGAGCGCAAAGUGCAAUAAUUACGCGGCUGUUUUCCCCAACUUUUCUGAAAAUUUUGGAGCGAAGAAGGGACAGGGAAGAUAAGAUUAAAAAACUCUCACACCUUCCUAACACUAUUCCACCUCACCAUAUUUCUCAACUUUCGAUGUAAAUUUUGAACGAUGCCAAAGACUAAACUUGAUCUCAAUAUUUUGAUGAAUUUUGUCGUUUAUUCGCAUUUUAUCUAUUUUUUGUGAUGUAAAUGUGCCUUCAAGGUUUCCUCUACAGUGAAGAAAUGAAUGUUGAUAAAAAAAAGGACAGUGAAAAAAAAUCAAGCCCCUUUUUUGUUGUUUUUGCCGCUUCAAAUUUCAAAAUUUUCAAUUUCUUGAAAUAUGAGAACACUUAAAAGUUUUGGGCCUUGGAGAAGUGGUCGCAAUAAAAGUGCACCCGACCUCAAAACGACUUGCGCGUCAGCGACCAAAAUCACGAAAUUGAAGAAAUCGAAAUAUUCGCCUGCUAUUUUUCCUUCGAAAAGCCCUACACAAUAUCGUGAAAGGCCCUGGGAGCCGCAGGAACAAAGAAAAAACAAGAAAAGACAGACACUCGACGGCGUUCGAGCACGGCUUAAACGAUUAGUAGGACGACAUUCGCUUCUCUUUUACGCGUUUCGCGACGAUACUCUCAGCUACCGUAAUCCAUUGUGCGACAAGUGGCGUAUUGUCAUGGCGGACAACCUGAUUGUGCUGCGCAAUGUGUGCGUUGCGUGCAACCGCCGCUUCCAGCCACCCACUUGA